CUGUAUAUUAUAUCCCGGGAGGAAGGGUUGAUGACGUCUGUGGCAUACUUGAUGUGACUUACUGAAAAAAAGGCAAGACUUCCUAUUCAUGGAUAAAAAUCCGAGGUAAUCGGAGCACAGCAGAAAAAGUUUUGUAAAAGGAUAUGUAGACAAACGAGUGCUGCUGAGGUUUUGUUUGCAAAAGUGAUUUUGUUUAUAUUGGUUAGGUUAUUGUAUAAAAGUGCAGGGGUUGAACCGACGAGCACAUAAGCAAAGGACGGUGGCGCUUCAGGGAAGAGGUGCUGUGAGGAAGAUCUCUAUCUCUCUCACACAAUCACAGCCGCACCCGAGUCGCAUCCAACAGCAUUUCUGUCUACCUACUCUGCAAUAGCAUGGCCAGAUCUAGUAAAGCGACUUUAGCUUUGCUCAUCUACGGAAUCAUGAUGCACUACAGCGCCUACUGCACGCCUAUUGGGAUGACUUUUCCCAAGAUGAGACUAGACAACGUAUUUGACGAAGACGGAAACUCGUUAAGCGACCUGGCUUUUGGCACUGAUCAAAUUGCUAUACGAAGUCCUUCAUCUCUCACGGAUGACCUGUACACACUAUACUAUCCGCCAGAGAAAAGAACGGAAAGGCAUGCAGAUGGAUUAUUAGAUAGAGCCUUGAGGGACAUCCUGGUUCAGUUAUCAGCACGAAAAGAUCUGCAUUCUCUGAUGGCAGUUCGCGUAGGCGGAGGAAGCAGCGAGGAGGACGAAUCGGAAACCUUAUCAAAAAGGCAUUCGGAUGGGAUCUUCACCGACAUUUACAGUCGUUACCGAAAACAGAUGGCCGUCAAGAAGUAUUUAGCAGCCGUCCUGGGAAGAAGGUACAGACAGAGAAUUAAAAACAAAGGACGUCGAUUUGCUUAUUUGUAGCGCUGACAAAACUGCCCCUCCAUGUGUACAUUCAGUCCUAAGAUCAAAGUCAUUCUGAUAUAACUGAUUAAUCAGUGGAUCGCGCCUGUGUUCUUUAAACAUGUAUUUAUGUAUGAAGUAAAGCCAUUAAAAUGAAUAUUUUACUAAUAACAUUGUUUUUCUUUUUGUACAAAAGCACUUGAAAUCGCACAGUUAUAAUUUGUGGACCAA